AUGUCUUUUAAGGAUCUAGUUGAGCCGGAAUGUGGCGGGGCGAACCCGUUGAUGAGCAUCGGGCGCCAAGUACGUCGGGAUGUCGGUCUGCAGGAUGAAGGCUUGGCGGGAGGUCGAAGCUCGUUCGCCGGUGGAGAUCGAGAGCUUGUUAACGAGUUUAUGGGCCAGAUAGCACCGGUGCCGCAAACUUUUCGCAUGAAUGAAUUGCUAAAGGAGAUGCAGGAAAUAGACGCCCACAACCAUCGGCAACAGCAAAUUGUGGGACCGGGUCGAUCGAUCGACGUGGCCGCAGGAGGUGGUGCUUGGGCGGAACAAUAUCGUGCGGAAGCGGCACAUCCACGAGAGGAGAGCAAACUUUCGAGUGUUUGGUCACAAUCACAGCUGCAACCUAUUCAGGCGUCGGAAGGAGGAGGGACCACGAUCAAGCAAGCGGCUGGCGAAUUGAUGCAUCAAGCGUACGCCGGUCGUAUGCAUAAUCCUGCUAUACAACAGAGUGAGUUUGUACGAUUUAUGAGCAAUGUCGGUGCGGGAAAUAUUCGGAUUCACGGAGGGCAAGUAUCGAAUACGGUGUGGGCGAAUCGAUUCGACGAAUUGGAAGCAAGCUCCUCAAAGGGAAAGAUGGAAAGCCAAUCCUUGAGUACGGAGGAAGCUGAAGGAAAGCAGCACGAGCAGGACGAAGCGCGAGGCGGAGAUCAGGAGGAGGAUUGGGCGAAGGCGUUCGAGACAAAAAGCAAGGAGCAAGACCAAGCGUCGGAUGACUACAAUAAGCAAUUCUGGGAACGUUUACAGGACGAGUGGCGUACAUUGUCGGACAGUGAAGGAAAGCAUCCGUGGUUGUCGGAGUUCAACGAUUUCUACGACCCCUUCAGGGAGUACAAAUUUGAUGAGGAAAAUCCAAUGAUGAAUGUAGAAAACGCGUUCGAAAAAGGAAAAGCAUUCCUGGCACAGGGUGACAUUCCAAGUGCAGUUCUCUGCUUCGAAGCGGCCGUUAAACAAGAUCCUGAAAACCCGGAAAUAUGGGAGCAACUCGGGUUCUCGCAGGCCGAAAACGAAAAGGAUCCGAAUGCGAUCGCCGCGUUCAAUAAGGCACUGUCGUACAACGCCGAAAAUAUGCCGGUUCUGAUGGCACUAGCCAUCUCGUACACGAAUGAAGUUCUGCAAACCCAGGCGCUUCGGAUGCUAAUUCGAUGGAUGAAAUGCAAUCCGAAGUACGAACAUUUGGUUCCGGCUGAAAUGCUUCAACCACCGGAGUCUCCCAUGUCACCUUUCAUGACUGGACCAAAGCUGCAGGACGUACAGGAACUGUUCAUCAAAGCGGUUCAGCAGUCACCUGAGUCUAUCGAUGUGGACAUACAGGAAGCCCUUGGUGUGCUGUUCAAUCUGUCCUCGGAAUACGACAAGGCGGUCGAUUGCUUCCAGGCGGUGCUGCAGGUUCGGCCAGAAAGCUCGAAGGCUUGGAACCGGCUCGGGGCUAGCUUGGCCAAUGGCAAUCGUUCGCUUGAGGCGGUGAACGCCUACCAACAGGCGCUCGCAAUCCAACCUGGCUUUAUUCGUGCGCGGUUCAACGUGGGUAUCAUUUGCGUUAACUUGAAGGCGUACAAGGAAGCGGCGGAGCAUCUGCUGACGGCUCUGAACCUUCAAGCUACCUCUGCCGCCCGUUCCGGGCUGAAGGUGAACUCGAUGUCACAGCAAAUGUCCAGCGCGAUCUGGAAUUUACUGCGUAUGGUUCUGUCGCUCAUGAACCGGAAGGAUCUGCACGACGCAAUCGAUAACCGGGAUCUAGAGGUGCUCAAUCGCGAGUUCCCGAUGAGCAAUGAUUAACGCAAGGAUAGCUGCUGGAGUAGGCGAAAUUGGCAGGAUAUAGGACGCAACGACGCGGGCACGUUGAAAUUGAGAUGCACUCUGCAACUGUCCUUCAUUCGACGGGGUGGAGGGUUUUGGGUUUUAGGAUAUUAAUGCCAACGAAACGGGGAAAGCGUCUAAAGCAAAUAGCGUUUGUAGGUUUUAUUCUAUUUCAUUGCGGGUUUAUUGUUUUUGGUUUUUUAGUUUGCCGGGGAGGCGGGCAUAUUUGUUGGAUUUAUUUGUCUAGCAAAAAACGAACAAAACGGAAAUCGAAAAACGAGGCAAAAAUGCAAACAUUUAUCUAAUGACUACGCGUAUCGUAUGUGCUGCAAGUUUCGCAUGCUAUAAAAUACGGCAACGUGGGAAGGGAAUUUGUUGUAAACGUACCUAAAAUAUCGUCAGUUCGGUGGUGGAGACGAAACAUUAAAAACGAUAGAUGUGAGCACCCUGGCGAUUAUAGGUGCCCCGAUAUUUAACGAAUAGACAAAUAUAAAAAAAAUUGGUGCAAUAGCUGA